AUAAUUAGAGCAGUGGCCUGUGCUGACCGCUUCACCAGCCUCCCGAAGCACAGCUGGACCUGCCCAAGGCACCACCGGGACUCGGACACUGUACUGGCCUUGAAAUGAUCCUUCUUCAAAGGGUUUUUCUUGUCCUUCUGGGGAAGAAAACCCAUUGUUCUAAAAAGCCCCACUUCCCAUCCAGCUUCCUUUGCCAACUGCCCUUGCAGGAGAGAGUGAGUGUUGAGCUCUGGCCUGUGCUGCAGUGGAUACACCAGCAGCCACCUCCCUGUGAUCUGUUAGCUCCCUGUCCAGGGACGCAGUUGCAGCAGAUGCUGACUCAGCCUGCACCCUUAAGGGUUAAGAAGCAAGAAAAACUGGAAAGCUAUGGGCAGAGUUCACAGGCCAGCACCCGGGCAGCACCGGCACUGUGAGGGAUGCAUCAACCGCCACUGUCAGGCUCCUGUGGAGCGGGGUGUUUCCUGUCUGGUGAUAAGCUGCCACCUGCUGUGUGGUGCAACCUUUCACAUGUGCAAAGAAGCAGAGCAUGAGCUCCUGUGUCCUUUAGAGCAGGUUCCGUGCCUCAACUCUGAAUAUGGCUGCCCCCUUUCCAUGUCCCGUCACAAGCUGGCCAAGCACUUACAAGUGUGCCCAGCCAGCAUAGUGUGCUGCUCCAUGGAAUGGAACCGGUGGCCAAAUGUGGACUCAGAAACAAUCCUUCAUGAGAACAUCAUGAAAGAGACCCUGAGUGAGGAGUGCUUGGACACAGCCCUUGCCCUGCGAGACCAAAAGGUCCUCUUCAAAUCCUUGAAAAUGGUCGAACUCUUCCCCGAAACUAGAGAUGCCACUGAGGAGGAAUCCCUUAUGAAUGGCGAAGCCAGUUGGGAGGAAAUGGCAGGAGCAGUGGGGGGACUGGGUGCCACUUUGGUACCACACGCAGCUGCUAAUGGGGAAAUGAUGGAGUUGAGCCAAGAAGAACGAGAAGCAUUAGCCAAAACCAAAGAAGGGAUGGACCUGGUCAAGUUUGGCCAGUGGGAAAACAUGUUCAGCAAAGAGCACGCAGCCUCUGCUUUAGCAAGUACACCAGCAAGGUGUGAAAACAAGAAUGCAAAAGGCACAGGUAAAGAACAGAGCUCCAGUGGCGAUAACAUGGCAGACACAGAGGGUGCCACCAAAGGGAAAGAACCUCAGGAAUACCAGAUGCAACAAAACUUGUCCUCAGUCAUAGAAAAGGCGGGGCUCGCCCCCUGGCAGGACGGUGUGCUGGAAAGACUGAAAACAGCUGUGGAUGCAAAGGACUAUAAUAUGUAUCUAGUGCACAACGGGAGGAUGCUCAUUCACUUUGGUCAGAUGCCUGCUUGUACACCCAAGGAGAGAGACUUUGUUUAUGGCAACCUUGAGGCUCAAGAAGUUAAGACCGUUUACACCUUCAAAGUUCCUGUGAGCUACUGCGGAAAGCGAGCUCGGCUUCGUGAUGCCAUGUUGAGUUGCAAGCCAGGUGAACACAAGGCUGUGGAUACUUCAGACUUGGGCAUCACUGUAGAGGACCUGCCCAAAGCAGAUCUCAUCAAGACCACCCUGCAAUGUGCUUUGGAAAGGGAACUCAAAGGCCAUGUCAUCUCUGAAUCCAGGAGCAUCGACGGGCUCUUCAUGGAUUUUGCCACACAGACAUACAACUUUGAGCCGGAGCAGUUUUCAUCUGGGACAGUGUUGGCUGACCUUCUUAGCACAGCCGAACCGGGGGGACUCCAUGUGGAGCUCCACAGUGAGUGUGUGACCAGGAGACACAACAAAAGCAGCUCUGCCUUCACUUUCACCUGCAACAAAUUCUUCAGAAGGGAUGAAUUCCCCUUGCACUUCAAGAACAUCCACACGGACAUUCAGUCUGGCCUCAAUGGCUGGUUCCAGCAUCGAUGUCCCCUCGCCUACUUGGGAUGUACAUUUGUUCAAAAUCAUUUCCGUCCCCCGGGGCAAAAGGCAAAAGUGAUCUACAGUCAAGAACUUGAGACUUUUGCUAUCAAGCCAGAGGUCGCUCCAGAACUGAACGAGGGAGGGAAGAACAACCAGCUCUCUGGCCGUGGAGGAAAAAACCAGAAUUGUCUAAGCGACCUGCCCCUGGAGGUUCUGCAGUACAUUGCUACGUUCUUGGACAGCGUCAGCCUGAGCCAGCUCUCCCAGGUAUCCAGGCUGAUGAGGAAUAUCUGCGCUACCUUGUUACAAGACAGAGGGAUGGUCCUCUUACAAUGGAAGAAGAAGAGGUAUUCUCAUGGAGGAUCUUCUUGGAAAGUCCACAAAGAGCAGAUCUGGCAGUUCAGCAGUCUGUUCUCCAAAAUCAACAGCUGGGAGUUUAACGAAGUUACUUCCAUGUCUGAGCACCUGAAGACCUGUCCUUUCAACAUUGUAGAGCACAAGACGGACCCCGUUCGUUUGACCAGCAUGUGCCAAACCCAUGAGCAGCCCCAGGAGAGCUUAGUCUCCACCUUUAGAACCAGGCAGCGAGGAAGAUACACCUAAUGAUGAGGAUACUUGCACUCUUGGACUUCUCCUCGGGGUUAUUGAAAGCAGGAUGGCGUGGGGUUUCAGGACCCCACUUCAUAACUGUGUGUCUGGGUCCCUGAGUGUGUUCAAACACAGCUUCCUUCCCACCUUGGCAGUUGUGCUUGGCAUAAGAAUUUCCUAAGCUAUGACUUAUACUAUGGUGCCACUUUGAUGUCUGCUUUCUUUUCUUAAAAAGAUCCAUCUGUGGAGAAAAUAAGUAACUUAAGGCCACUUGGAAAAUGAACCCAAAUCUUGAGGAGAUGAGAAGACAGUGAGAUUUCAUAAUCAGCACGAGCCUGUGGUUUAAGGGGGCUUUUUUGAUUCACAAAGCGCUUGCAAAUUCAUGGGGCAGACAGUGAAGUCUGCAACUGAGAGGCAGAGAGUUAUCUUCCAGCCAAGUCUUCCAGUCAAAUCCAGGGCUUCUUUCAGCCCCGAUUGCCUGGAAGCCCAGAUGGCCUCAGCUCAGCCUAACCUAAUAAAGCUGCCACGAGGACAUCACAGACCACAGGAGGAAGGCAGUCAUGGGGUCCCAGAAUCUCUUUCCCUAGAAUCUUGGCAACAUACAGAAAAGAAGCCUUGAAAAACAAAGGAGAGUCCAAAGGAAACACUAUCUUUAUGGAGACUAUUGGGAUCAAAACCACAAGUCUACUUCUUAAUACAUUAAUAAUGAUUUAAGAGUUAAGGAUGUUCUUUCUUAAAAAGAACACUGAAAGCCUGGGAAAGAGAUAGCACAGGCAGAGUCCAGUGCCACUCAUGUCAUCAGAAAUGACAUCAGUUCAUAGUGCCAACUUCAGUGUCACACCAGAUCGCACAACACACAUUUGGCAAAGUCCAGACAGAGUCCACCAAAGACCUUGUGGCAUCAGCCGUUGGGUCCUAGACAGCCCUGAGGUACAAUAUCUGAGGUUUUGGAGAGGAGGACAUGUGAAUAUAAUGAAACUGCUCCAACUAAUUACUGGUCAUGCCUCCAGCCUGUCAAAAAUGGGUGGCACUGCUAUUUUUGGUAGCAAACUGAAUAUUCUUGAACAGAAAUUUUUAAAAUUACAAUAAAAACUGGCAUCUACAGCAGGGCUUCUCAGCCUUCAAACUAGUGAUCUUUUAAAGUGGAUAACUCUGUCGUAAUGGACUGUCCAUGUAUUAGGGGAUAUUUAGCAGCAUCCUUGGCCUUCAUCCAUUAGAUACCAGUAGCACUUCCACAGUCAACAACCAAAAAUGGCUCCAGACAUUGCACGAUGUCUUUGGGGAGCAAAGCGGCUCAUGGCAAUCACUGGCCUAAGGAUGUUGUGUAAGUGACAGUAAGUUAGGACACGCUUUUUUUUAGCACAGCAAAAUCUAGUCCCACAUAGCUAGUGAAAUUGGCUAUGAGUUAGUGUAGUUCUUAUUUAUCUAGAUUAAGCUGGGAACCAGUGUGGCUGAUUUGCUUGAUAUGACUUCACGUCCUUGAGACACAUGCAAGAACACAUCCUUUCUGCUCUCCCCCAGGUACGACCAAAACCAGGGAGUUUGAAUCAUUAGCCCUGUGUUUAUAUCCCUCUUACUGUAAUUAGCACCAUUUCCCCAGAAGUCCUAAAACAAGAGAGAGAGAGAGAGAGAGAGAGAGAGAGAGAGAGAGAGAGAGAGAGAGAGAAGGGAGGCAUUGUAAGGAAGCAGAGAAAAGGAACUUAGCUAAAGAAAGAAAGAAAGAGUCUCAUCAAUCUGAGUGCUAUGGUUAUCUGGGUCUCGCUCUGACUGUGGGCCAGAGCUGGUGUGGAUGUAGUCGGCACCUCUGAGGAGUCCUGACAGGAGCAGAGCAAGUCCCAGGCCAGCAAUCAUCCACAUUUCCUCAUUACAUUGUACCACUUGGUGCACUUAGUAAUGUUAUCCAAUCUUUCUUAAUAUUUAUUGUUUAGUUUAGAUUUUGCAUUUGUAUACAAGUCAUGUUUUAAAACUAAUUAGAUUGCGAUCUAACUAUUUUUAUUGAGUGAAGAUGAGUUAACUGGAAACUACUAGACACUGAUGUAGAAAAGAAGGAGGAGUUCUUCACCUGUCACUUCUACUGUAUCUUAAUCUGGCCCUUCCUACACAGAGAAAUUAAAAAUCCAAAGGGUGUAUAUGAAAAAGAGAUGAAGGGUAAGAGACCCUGCAGAUGAUGGGGAUGAAUAUCGAGGACUACAGUUUGGUUGGUGAGAAGCAGGGUGCUCUAAAGGGACGGGAGGAGGCAAAGGGCUUUCCCUGCACAAUCUGGGUGGGCAGGACAGCCCAGGGCCCAGACAGUAGCCACGAGAGGACACUACGCAGGCCUUCUCUGUGUGUGCAGGUUUCCAGCCAUGCCUCACUCUCCUGACUGCUGCCCUGGGAGCAGCACCGCCCUGGUCAUCACAAGAUUUCUAAUGAUCCGUAUUGCUGGAAAUGAAAGUGCUGAAGACAUCCCCGGCCCCUGGGAAAAGGUGCAUUUUACAAAGCAAGGGCAGAUGGAGCAAAAGGACACUUUUUUAAAGCAGCUGAGUUAGAAAAUGGUUUGCUUUAUGAGGUGAAGUUUUGAGUGAGCGGUGUGAGUAACAAGCCUCCUUUGACAUAGGCAAAGCAGCUAGAUGAGACUUCAGAUUAAGAAGCCCGUAAGGGGGAUUGGCGAUUUAGCUCAGUGGCAUAAGUGCUUGCCUUGUAAGCGCACAGUCAUGAGUGCGAUGCCCUGGUACCAAAAAAAAAAAAAAAAAAAAGAAGAAGAAGCCCUUAAGGUGCUGGGUAUUGUGAUGUACACUUGUAAUCUCAGCACUCUGGAGGCUGAGGCAGGAAGGCUGUAAAUUCAGGCCAGCCUGAGCAACUUAGUGAGAGCCUGUCUUAAAAAUGGAUAGAAAGACUGAGGAUGUAGCUCAGUGACUUGUCUAGCGUGUCACUGGGUUUGAUCCCUGGUACAAUUUAAAUAAAACAAAAGAAAAACCUCUGAUGGGAAGAAGAGGGCGAUGCUGCAGGGGUAGCGACGGGAGAGGAAGAUGUGUGUACAGAGGGCCUGUGAGGAGAAAUGCUGCUGAGAGAGACAGCUGGAGCUGAGACUAGCCAAGCACGAAGUCGAGUUCUGUAGACCCAGCCACAGAGGACCUGGGGCCUUAGCAGCAGAGGGGUCUGAAGAAGAUGUUUCUGUCUUACAAAGAGGAAGUGCAAAAUGAGAAUUGGAGAUGUAUCAGGAAAACUAUUGUAAAAGUCUUAUUUAUGCAUGAUGUCAAAUGAACCAAAAUGAAUGAGAUUGCAUAUAUUCGUGACAACUUGUCUCCAUGUCCUGGGAGCCCCGAUGUUUCUAGAAGAGGAAAUAAAGCUGCUUUGCACUGAAA